UUUGAAAUAUAUCCAGCUCCUCUGUGGCUCCAAACUACGGGUAUGCCAAGAAGUUGAUUCUGAUACCAGUUGUGCAUACAAUCUGAAGGCCUACAGCGAGCCGGUGAGCCAGGACACGUGGGCAUUUUGUGACCAGGAAAAUGACUGGUUUCUUUGGGGAAGAAACAAAGAAGAAGCCUUUAUUUCUUGUGUAAUUGGAACAUUUAUCAAAAUACUUCUUGACUGUGUGAAUCUUGUAACUCUGCCACAAACGUGCCUUCGGACCUGUGUAAAUAAAUCAUUGGAAGAAUUGCUUGGACAAAGCAGUCAUUAAAGGAGUGUCUACUGAGGAAUCAUGACCAAGCACUUGGAGAUCAUCAAUUUGUCAUUUUUAUUGGAACAUGAAAAGGAAACAAUACUGGGAGUACUGAAGAGAGAUGAAUAUCUGAAAAAAGUUGAAGAUAAAAGGAUAAGGAAAUUGAAAAAUGAGCUGCUGGAAGUGAGACGGAAAGGUGGAAACCGUUACUGUCAACAGGACAGCAGCAGGAUCUGUGUUCGCUGUCAGAAAAACCUGGGCCUAAUCUUUGACAGGGGAGACCUGUGCCAAACCUGCAGACUCAGAGUUUGCAACAAGUGUCGUGUCAUGGGAACUGAUGGGCAGUGGAAAUGCUCAGUGUGUGCCAAGAUUGCACAGCUGAGAAUAGUGACAGGUGAAUGGUUUUUUGAAGAGAGAGCAAAGCGCUUCAAACAAUCCAAUCUCCUUGGAACUGAUGUUGUCAGACAGUCUAUCCUGCGUAGAUUUCCAGAUACAGUUUCCAGUAAGGAUGAAGGAAGAAUGUUUAAAGAUCAGCCCCAGGAGAAUGCAGAAAAACGUCCAGAUACAUCAACCUCCUCCACAAACGGGCAUAAAUCUAUCUUCAGCGGACCUAGAAAGAUAGGGAAGGUAAUUAGGGCAGUCACCAAAGGAGAAAUUGCAAAUACAAAAGAUGAAGAUGGAAGGAACACAUUCUCAGAAGCUGAAACACAAAGUCUGUGCAGUGACAGAUCAACACCUUUUUCUGAGAGAGGGAGCACUCUUUCACUGGACAACGGUGAUGCAGAGGCCACCCCAGGCUGUCUGAAAGGGGUCGUGGGUCCCGUGCAUGGAAGCAGUGUUUCCACACCAUCCCUCCAGAGGUCUCUGGCACUGAGCACACGCAGCAUGACCACAGAUUACACCAGGGUCGCUGGCUUAGAAAAUGGCAUGAUUUUUCCUGCAAGUGAAAGUGUACCUGAAGAUUUAGUAAAGCAGCACUGUAGGAAAUCAUCUGGAACACCUUCCAUUGCAGUUUCUAGGGUAUCUUUAUCAUCAGAUCGCAGCCGAUCUGAGAUAGAUUUGAGUGAAUCUUUCUCUGAAGGAAAUGAGGAUACUUUGAGCAUAAGAAGCAAAUCUGUACCUAGUGCCUUAGAUCAGGACUUGGAUUAUCUGGGUGAGACGGAAGAAGAUAUUGACGACAUAGUAGCCUCUCGUUAUUCAAGGAAACAUGGACAUAGGAUUAGUGGAUUAUCAACGAACUUCCCAGAAGGUUCUGAUAGAAAAUGGACCCACUUAAAUGUGCCUGAAGCAGAUGGUGAUACUACUAGCAUUAACAGCAUGCUGAGUGUAUAUAGUGAAACUGGUGACUAUGGCAAUGUGAAAGUCAGUGGUGAAAUCCUUCUUCACAUCAACUACAGCUACAAAACAGGUGCUCUCAACAUCCUGGUGAAAAGUUGCAGAAACUUGGCUGUGGCAGAUGAGAAGAAGCAAAGGACAGAUCCCUAUGUCAAAGCAUACCUUUUACCUGAUAAAUCCCGCCAAAGUAAACGCAAGACCAAAAUUAAAAGUAACAGCACUAAUCCAGAGUUUAAUGAAACGCUCAAGUAUGUCAUCAGUCAUACGCAGCUAGAAACCAGGACCCUACAGCUUUCUGUCUGGCACUAUGACAGGUUUGGACGCAACAGCUUCCUUGGAGAGGUGGAAAUUCCAUUUGAUUCCUGGAACUUUGAUAAUCAGGGUGAUGAGUGGUUUGUACUCCAGCCCAAGGUGGAGGUUGCAACAGAUGUUGGGCUUCAGUAUAAAGGAGAACUGACAGUUGUUUUACGUUACAUUCCCCCAGAGAGAAACCUAAUGCUUCCUCUAGGGCAGUUUCAAGGAAAGAAGAGCUUUAAAAAAGGAAAAAAGAGAGACUGUCACCUGCCAUCUGGAGGUAUAUUAGAAGUCCUCAUCAAAGAAGCUAAGAAUUUAACAGCGGUAAAAUCAGGAGGCACAUCUGACACUUUUGUGAAAGGAUAUCUGCUCCCAGAUGACAACAAAGCUACAAAACACAAAACUCCCAUAAUAAAAAAGAGUGUGAACCCCCAGUGGAAUCAUACCUUUGCUUUUAGUGGCUUGAGUUCCAGGGAUAUACGUAACGUCUGCCUCGAGCUGACUGUGUGGGACAAGGAGUCACUCUUCAGUAAUAUCUUUCUGGGAGGUGUCCGUUUGAGCACCGGAAGCGGUGUAAGUAAUGGCAAGGAGGUUGACUGGAUGGACUCUCAAGGGGAAGAGCAGCACCUCUGGCAGAAGAUGAUUGACAGUCCUGGAGCUCCUGUGGAGGGGAUAUUAAUGUUGAGAUCCAGUAUGGGAAAACGCAGACUCUGAAAGAAACGCAGACUCUGAAAGACUCUUAACUACAGAGGGAUACCACAAGUGCUCAUGGUUUCAGUGGUGUUCAGACUCUUGUAACUUUGCCCAUAUGAAAGUGGGUAAGGGUUACACACAUUACCUUGGAUAUUAAGGCUCCGAGUGAAAUUUUAAUGCAUUCUUCACUUUCAUGCACACGUUUUUAACCCUGGCUUCUUGGACAGAUUAUUUUCCUCCUGAAACCAGUGAGAAUUUGACCUUGUACAGAGAUCAAACUGAGCUUUCUCUGUUUCGGUGAGUGGUGUAGAGCCGAUGAAUGGCUCUGUGGGGAACAUGGAGUGAUCAAAUUCUCUAGUUACUCAUUUGACAAGUAAUGACUGUUUUAUGUAUUUCAUUCUGGGUCAGAAAUGGCCUAAAAGACACAAAUGACACAGUACAAGCAGAUUCAUAACAAGUCUGUAUUCUGGUAUUUGAAAGAUGAGAAGCCACAGUGUUCUGAAGGAGAACAACAUUUCUUUUUCACAUUUAUUCAUCAGGGUAUGCAGUGUGCUGGAUGGCAGGCUUAGGAUCAAGCAGCACCCUAAGGAAGGCCAAUGUGCUGUGCUGCCCACUAGAAAUAGGCAGCAGAUGUAGUGGUUUAAAGUGCCAAUGUUCUGGCAUUCUUUGGUUAUGCUAGUGCACUGUGUAAAAGGCAGAUUUGAUUCACUGUGAUCAAAGAGCCUCUAAUGAAAAUAAUUCAUAACAAUCCCCAAACAAUUUCCAGAACAACGUGGUAUUAUUAUGUUGUUCAUUCAGUUGAUAGUUCUAGCCAAGAUCUUCAGACGUCAUUGAACAAAGGGGAGAUGUUCACAUGUUUGUCCCACCUGAUGAGUCACUGAGAUGAAACACAUGCUGGUUUUGUGCAUAGUGAGCUAAGACCUUGAUUCAACAGAACAUUUAAUAAAGUGACAUAAAUAAAGACAUGCCAGAAUGCUUUGCACAGCUGUGGAAUUUCUCUGAAUGGGUCGAAUCCUUUUCAGGCAUGCCCAAGCACAUUAUCAACCAAAAUAAGAUUUUUCGCCUAAACUUCUUCCUGUUAACAGUGGAUUUAAUGAUAAAAGUGGGUUUUGGCCAAUUCAGUCAUUGGUCUUGCUGACCAACUCUUGUGGUUAAUAGUAAUUUUGACACUUUGUUUCCUAAAGUGAUCUUUUUACCUUCUUAAGUCUGCCCUGCUCUGGAGACUUGUGCAAGUCAUAUCUGAAGAGCAUGCUGUUUUGAAUACCUUUUGUGAACUACUGUUACAUUUAACCAGUAGUAGUACCAUGAUAACAUAGGCCUAAAAUCUUUUUCAAGGACAGCAGAUGUCUAUUUGCAAGACUGGAUAAUGAUAAAGAGCUGAAUCCCAAACCAUAAAAUUUAAUGUCUGUUCCUUUUUUUGAAGAUGUUUUAUAUUGGUUUGAAGAUGUUUUAGUUUGAGUGGCUUGAAACUGUAGAGUAUCUUAAAAACAGUGUUUUAAGAUCCUAAUGUCACCAAAUAAAAUUAUUUUUAUUAAUUUUUGUUACAAAAAGCACCUUAGUUUUAAUAAAGCAGAUCUGUUAGUUUGUAAGUAUUCACUUUUAAAACUCUGAUAUGAUUUUAAACAGUCAUUCAAGGUACUGAUUGCCUAGUUUGAGACCCUUGAUUUUCAGAAAUUACUGAGACAUCUUUGAAAAGGAAGUUCCUUUAAGGAAUCUCAAAUUCAAAACCAAAAUCAGUAGUUGCUCAAGAAAACUGACUUCAUUUUCCUUCUUUAUGGAGUAAAGUAUUUUCUUCCCAAAUCUUCCUCGAAGUAGGUGGUGAAACAGGUUUAAUCUAUUUUUAGUCUGUUUUUCAUCUUAUGCCACAAAUGCUGUGAAAUACUAAAUUAGAGCACAAAUAUUCAGCGAAUGCAUUUUAUGAUCUUUCUUUUUAAUAACAAUCUUUCUUUAAAUGCUAGUUUUUCUACAUCAGGAUCCUCAAACUAAAAGCAAUCCUAACUUUUGCCACCUAAACUACCUCUCUCUCUAACAGAAUCAGAGUCUGCGUUGUCUUGGAGGCUUACCACAAACCAACAUUUAUUUUGUAGUUAAUAACAUUAUAUUGACGUGGAGGCACAAGCUUGGUUUUCAUUUGCUGGAAGUUGGUUUAAAAAGAUAAAGCUUGUUAAAGCUGAAGAAUGUGAUUCUUCAGGAUAAAAUCCCAGUUAGAGUUGUAGGGAAACAUUGUGCAAUUUUGUUUUAUUUUGUUUCAUUUUGAUGGUGAAACUGGGUAAAUGCAAAAAGGCUCCAAGCUGGACCCCAGAAUGGAAGCCUUUUUCUCUCACCAAGAUGAAAAGCUUAAAAUAAUUUUGAACUAAACCUUUCACUUAACAUGGAGUGUAAGAUUUUUGGCUAAUUUUUAAUGAUAUUUUCUAAGCUUUUAAGCAUUAUCAUUUUAGCUAAAUCUAAUCUUGCUUUGAAAGGAAAGAGUCUAUGCUUUACUUCAGCUUCUGCCCAUUUUACCCCUGCUUUUUGGCCCCAACUUAGAGUUCAUGAUGAAUGUACUCAUCUGCAAAGUGUCACCUAGCUUGUAUGCUAGCUUUAAGUCCUGCCAUUUCCUUUUGUAGGGCCAAAAUGUCACUCUGAGUUUUCUAAAAGUAUAGGCCAGACUAUGAAUAGACUCUGUGUCAUCUGAAGUUCAGCAUAUGAAAGGAACAAUUUAAAGUGGGAAGUCAUUUCAGCCAAGAGAGUGUUGCUUGCCACUGACGGGAUUUGGAAUAUCACAGUGAAAUUGCCUCCCAGGUUAGCAGGGACAAUUCUGCAUUAUUGAAUCAUAUGGCAUGUAUCAUACUUUGCCCCAAAUAAGCCUCAGAGAGAUGAUGAACAUUGGUAUAAACACUAGGGUAAUUUGCAAAGCUUUGCUGUUUUAUGGUGUUAUUGAUACAUUUGUAGAAAUCGUUCGAUGUGUGGAAAAUGUCAUAUUUAAUUGUAUCCCUUACGUCUCUGUUCUUUUCCUUUACAAAAAUGAUCCAUGGUUUAGAAAAAGCACAAGAUGAUUAACUGCAGAUGUGAUUUCAUGUUUCCCAGAUACUUGAAUUAAUUGCCUAUAAUUGUGUGUCAUCAUGUGCUGUGCGUUACCAGGCUGAGCAAAAAGACAGAAAGCCAGGAACUGGGCUAAAACCUUCCUUUUGUAUUGUAUUUUGUGGUAUUGAAGAUGCACAAAUGGUUUAUUCAAGGCUAAUUUUUAGGAGAAAUUAGCCACAAAUUCAUAAAUUCCUGUCCUGAAUAAUUAGACACAGCAGAGCUGUUGUUUCCAAAUUAUUUCUCCUGACAGUCCUGAAUAAGUGAAGCUGUUUCAGUGAAGAAGAAUCUCUUCUGUGCAGUGGGUUUUGAAAAUGUGAAACAGUGCAUUUUACUGGGAUGUGUGUUUUUCUAGCAAUGUAACUACGGGGCUUUCACUGCUAACUUUUUUGUUCCCCCUUGUGCUUAGAUUCUGAGGGUUUGAUCCAUUAAAGAAAAGUAAAGGUACAACUAUCACUGUAAAAUAUCAAGUGGGAUCAGUAAAUACCUCUGUAGACAGUGUGGUUAUUGCCAGGAUCCAUCAAGAAAAGCUGGUGUUGAGGGCUGUCAGAGCCCUGGCGUCAGACUUUGGUACCCAGACUUGCUCUCUGGAAGCAGAGAGCUCAAGUAGAGCUUCCCUACUCAAUUUGUCAACUCUAUGGAGACUUCAGGCUUCUAAAUGUUGAUGUUCUCACUUGCAUGUUCAGACACCAAAAGCAGCCUAAAGUAGAGUGAAAUGGCCUCCCCAUCUCCUCCACCUUCAUUGUGUUACCAUUUGAGUGAGGGUGCCAGAAAAGCUGCAAAGACUCUAUGAGGGGCACCACUGCCACCUUCCUGUGCAAAUCUGAGUGCCAUUGCCUUCCAUAAAUGCCUUUUAGACAUCAUGUCUUGAUCUUGCUUUCCUAGCUGGAUGGUUAGAAGACGGUUUUAUGGAAUUGGGAUGGUGAGUAUGUUUUGAUCAUGAUGCAUUAGAUAGGAAGCUUAUUGUUCUGUGUCUCUUCCAAUAUAGAUUAUGCUAAGGUAGAGUGAAAGAAGCAUUUUUAUAUAUUAUUUCUUGUUCUUUCUUUUCCUGCCUGAUUAGGUCCUGUCAGCUCCAAUAAAUUAUCUUCUGCAAAGAGUCAACUAUACAGCAGAGCAGCCAUUGAACAUCCACUAGUACUAAUUGAUAAGCUGGGGGAACAGGAGGGUUACAGUUAGACUGGCAUAAUUUUGGCUUCAUGAGGGGUAUGCACAUUGCCCAGCUUCAUGCCUGUAAAGCACUUGCUUUAAUUGGGAGACUAGUUUGCCUGGGGUUUGCUCUAGUGUCAAUGGAAAGAAAGGCUCUUCAGAGCCACCCAGGUUCGGCUUUACUUUUGUGUCUCAUCCAUGUGCAGAAAAGAGCUCAGAGUCCUGUUUCCACAGCUGUCUGGUCUGUGGGUUCACACAAGAUAGAUAGUAAAGGUUGCUCCUGAAUCUUUAUAGGAACUCUUCCCUCCAACCCACUCUUCAGUUCAUCAGCCUUCAUCACAAAAUCCCUCUGUGAAGAUCUUAUUCAGUAUGUCAGUCUGACUAAGCGUUGCAUCUAAAUGUUAUCUCAAGUAUCUGGGAAGAGCCAGCAUGCAACAGUUAAUAGCUCCCCUUUUUUUCAUGUAUAUGAGGUAAGAAUGGAAAUUUUACUUUCCUAACACACAGUAUUGAUUUUUAGCACUUUAAAACAAUGACAAAAAUAACCAUCUCCUGAGAGCUGGUCUGUGCACUUUGUAAACUGUUUUUUACAGGUUUUUUUACAUUUUACAAUUACUAUUAUUAUUUAUUUAUUUUUACAUGCAGAGCUGUUAACAUUUAGGAAGGGUAUAAAAAUAGUGAUAAAAACAUGUGAUUAAUUCCAAAAUAGGAUGGUAAGACUUUUAGUUGCAGUGAUGUAUUUUACCAUAACUCAGUAUGCAAUACUGAGAAGCAUGCUAGCAGAACCUUACCACUGUGUCCCAUGAAUUUCCUGUCUUGUGAUCAAAUGUUGGCAGAUGCUGUCUGAUUAGUGGUAAUAAUACAGUGUCAAUUAUACUGUAUAUAUUGACACUCAUGAGUGAAUCUGAACUUGCUUUUAGGCGGCUUUUGGGUUGCUUUUGAAGCUUACUCUUCUUGCAUCUUGACCCUUUAUUUAGAUUAGCUAUUUCAACAGUUCUACUUUGUGGCAAUAACAAAUAUAUGGCUGUGUGCUACUGCUCCUGAGAACUUAAUGUGUAUUUUUAAGGGUAGUUCUAAUUGUUGAGGUUUGCUUAAAACCAAAUGUAGUUGUUUGUUGCAGCAAUUAGAGAAUAUCAUGUAUUCCGCAUAUUGCCUUUGUUCUGCUCCAGAUCUGUUGCUAGCUAUUUAUUUAGUCAUUUUACUGGAUAUGAACAGUAGUGUCAAUAAAUGGAAUUGCAGUAUGUUAAGUUCUGCCCAAAUUUAGACAAAUCAUUCCUUCUCAGAGCAUUAUUGUACUGUGCACUGUACCUUCAGAUUUGUGGACAAAGAUGACUGGUAACUCAUUUGUAGUUGUUGUCAAGAAUACUGUUAUAUAUUUUAGAAUUAAAAUAAUGAAACAUA